AUGGCCUAUAGAUACCUCAGGCAUGGACUAUAUACUAGGCGUAAAAAGUUGGAAGUAAACGGGUUUAAGCCCUUUAUUGAUAACUUAAUGUGGACUGUUACCAACUUCCAUUAUCAGUACUAUUUUAAUAAUAUUUCCAAGCAUUCAAUUUUGUCGAAUCAAGCUCAAAUUGACAAAAUUGUCAAGGCUGCUUGUAGUUUUAGCAACGCCAAUGCCUCAAGCCCCGAAGAUGCUUGUACUUCUGAAGCUGACGUAACUGGCAAAUCACCAAUAAGGUACAUGAGAUGUGGAAUUCCACAGAUAGUCCCCUACAGGAGACAGACGAACCCGUUCUGCCCCAAUUCUAGCAACAAAACUGGGUUUCAGUUCAAGUACAAGAACUUGCUGAAGUAUCCGAGGCCGAUUCGAAACAGGAAGCUGGCCAUCACCGACCUGGAUGUUCCACAUGCCUAUUCAACGCCCAUACACACUAACUAA